ACAGCACGUGUAGCAACUAACAAUAAGCAAUGCGCUCCUCGUAAAGAUUCAUCGAAUCUUGCCCAAUCUCUCUCUUUCUCUGUCACUUCCCUUUUCCUCUGCAUCCAUCACCUGUUUUCCCCAAAUUCUAGGUAUCAAACUUACAAGAUACGAGGUUGCAAGAGCCACAAUGAGUCUGGCAUGUCUUGUGUGCCACAGCGUGGAUAGUCCAUCACCAUCACACUCUUUCAGGAGUUACUCUGUUUCAAGUUCAGAAAACCAAGGAAGAUGUUAUGCUGUAGCAACCUGCUUAACCAGGAAACUUUCUCUUCCACCACAUACAGUACACUCUUUUCUUGCAUCUUCAUCGUCCAAAGUCACCCCACAACCUCCUGUUUCAAGUAACAACGAGAUACCUAGUACACCACGGCUUGUACGAAGUCAUGCUGUAACGAGAGACCAAGUCAGAGAUUGGAAUUUUGAUGAAGUUGUAAUGGAGCACUAGUCCAAAAUGUAAGAUAAAGACUAGGGAAUUUUCUUGUGGGAUAGUUUAGAGUAUGCUACUGCAAUCUUGCCCCUUUAAAUUUUGUUAUGGGUGCAAUUAAUCACUUUCUCCAGUUUUCUUGUAAGAAUUCCAGCAUUUGUAGCCAUCAAGAAUUUUUAAGGCUAGAU